GCUCCGCGGGUCACGAGAAGCUGCCGGUGCACGUGGAGGACGCCCUCACCUACCUGGACCAGGUGAAGAUCCGCUUCGGCAGCGACCCUGCCACCUACAACGGCUUCCUGGAGAUCAUGAAGGAGUUCAAAAGCCAGAGCAUCGAUACGCCUGGAGUCAUCCGACGUGUGUCGCAGCUCUUCCACGAACACCCUGACCUCAUUGUUGGAUUCAACGCUUUCCUUCCCCUCGGGUACAGGAUAGACAUUCCCAAGAACGGCAAGUUAAACAUACAGUCGCCUCUGUCCAGCCAGGAGAAUUCACACAACCACAGCGACUGUGCGGAGAACUUCAAGCCACAGAUGCUGUAUAAGGAGGACAAGCCGCAGGUGCCCUUGGAGUCGGAUUCCGUGGAGUUCAACAACGCCAUCAGCUACGUGAACAAGAUUAAGACCCGUUUUCUAGACCACCCAGAGAUCUACAGGUCAUUCCUGGAGAUCCUGCACACUUACCAGAAGGAGCAGCUGAGCACAAAGGGCCGGCCAUUCCGCGGCAUGUCUGAGGAGGAGGUGUUUACCGAGGUGGCCAACCUCUUCCGGGGCCAGGAGGACCUGCUGUCCGAGUUUGGACAGUUCCUGCCUGAAGCCAAGCGGUCCCUGAGAGCCGCCUUACUGGCUCCAGGGGCCCCGUAGACGAGAAGCAGAGGGAUCUUGCCGCGUCCCGCCCGCUGCGCAGCCUUGUGUCAGUUGCAGACACUCGGCCUCCACGUCCCCCAGGAGCCGGAGCUGCGCACUGCCACAUGCCGGCCGGCCCUGACUCGCCCCCUCACAGGGCACGCUUGGUCGGUUGUCUGACUCGUCCUCUUGGAUCUGCCUCUUACAUCUCGGCUCCAGCCCCUGUUAUGGCAGCUCUUUUCCUGAACUCUGCCCUUGCUGGGGGCAGCACGGGAGACAGGGGCAGUGCCCC